UGACCAGACAGCUGUGUGAGACACUCACAGAGCCUUGUGUGAUCACAACCACGGCACCAGAGAACCCUGGGCUCAAGGACCACGAGGAAGGGAGCCCCAGUAGCUCUGACCCGGGCAGACUUCCUAAGGAGAUGCGGCCGCUUCUGCUCCUGAUGGCCUUCCUUCUGGACCCCAGGACCCAGGCAGGGGAAAUCAUCGAGGGGCAUGAGGUCAAGCCUCACUCUCGUCCCUACAUGGCAUUUCUUCGAAUCAAGACUGUAAACAGAACACGAUGUGGGGGUUUCCUUGUGCAUGAGAACUUUGUGCUGACGGCCGCUCACUGCCAGGGAAGCUUCAUAACAGUCAUCCUGGGAGCCCACAACAUCAGGAAGCAUGAGAAAACCCAGCAGGUCAUCCCAGUGGAAAGAAUCAUCCCGUACCCAGGCUAUCGUCCCAAAGUCAAUGACAUCAUGUUACUGCAGCUGAGGAGGAAGGCCAAACUGACUGCCGCCGUGGGCCUCCUCAAGCUGCCCAGGAGGGGACAGCAGGUCAAGCCAGGGAUGGUGUGCAGUGUGGCAGGCUGGGGGCGAGUUGACCUGAACACCACCACGGACAAACUGCAUGAGGUACAGCUGGAAAUCCAAGAGGACAGGCAGUGCCGCGCACGCUACAGAAGCUCUUUCCGCAACGACACCCAGAUCUGUGUGGGGGACCCAAAAAAGAAUCAGUCUACUUUUUCGGGAGACUCCGGAGGUCCCCUCGUGUGUGACAAAAGGGCCCAAGGCAUUGUUGCCUUUGGGAAAAAAGACGGGAAACCUCCACGUGUUGAAACCAAGAUCUCCAGCUUUCUGCCCUGGAUAGAAAAAACAAUGAAACGUUUCCAGCUGCACAGACCAGACUGAGGCACCCGGACCGAUCCCUCCAUCUCCCUCUGGGGCUCAGGCCAGAACGGCAUUGUCCAGACGGGGUGGAGGGGAAGCUGCCAGACACAGAAUAAACUUGCAUCUCUAG